GGAAGUCCUGAAGCUCUCGCAGUGCAGUGAGUUCAUGCACCUUCUUGCCAAGCCUCAGUCUUUGGGAUCUGGGGAGGCCGCCUGGUUUUCCUCCCUCCUUCUGCACGUCUGCUGGGGUCUCUUCCUCUCCAGGCCUCGCCGUCCCCCUGGCCUCUCUUCCCAGCUCACACAUGAAGAUGCACUUGCAAAGGGCUCUGGUGGUCCUGGCGCUGCUGAACUUUGCCUCGGUCAGCCUCUCUCUGUCCACUUGCACCACCUUGGACUUCGGCCACAUCAAGAAGAAGAGGGUGGAAGCCAUUAGGGGACAGAUCUUGAGCAAGCUCAGGCUCACCAGCCCCCCUGAGCCAACGGUGAUGACCCACGUCCCCUAUCAGGUCCUGGCCCUUUACAACAGCACCCGGGAGCUGCUGGAGGAGAUGCAUGGGGAGAGGGAGGAAGGCUGCACCCAGGAAAACACCGAGUCGGAAUACUAUGCCAAAGAAAUCCAUAAAUUCGACAUGAUCCAGGGGCUGGCGGAGCACAACGAACUGGCUGUCUGCCCCAAAGGAAUUACCUCCAAGGUUUUCCGCUUCAAUGUGUCCUCAGUGGAGAAAAAUAGAACCAACCUGUUCCGAGCAGAAUUCCGGGUCUUGAGGGUGCCCAACCCCAGCUCUAAGCGGAAUGAGCAGAGGAUCGAGCUCUUCCAGAUCCUUCGGCCGGAUGAGCACAUUGCCAAACAGCGCUAUAUUGGUGGCAAGAAUCUGCCCACACGGGGCACUGCCGAGUGGCUGUCCUUUGAUGUCACUGACACAGUGCGUGAGUGGCUGGUGAGAAGAGAGUCCAACUUAGGUCUAGAAAUCAGCAUUCACUGUCCAUGUCACACCUUUCAGCCCAAUGGAGAUAUCCUGGAAAACAUUCACGAGGUGAUGGAAAUCAAAUUCAAAGGUAACAAAAUGAAUGUGGAACUCAGCCUUGAUGAUCUCUGGAGUUUAGGAAAGUUCUCUUUUCCUUUCAUAUUCCCAUUUUGGGUGCUGGGACUGUACAACACUCUGAACCCUGAAGCAUCUGCCUCGCCUUGCUGCGUGCCCCAGGACCUGGAGCCCCUGACCAUCCUGUACUAUGUUGGGAGGACCCCCAAGGUGGAGCAGCUCUCCAACAUGGUGGUGAAGUCUUGUAAAUGUAGCUGAGACCCCACCUGCGACAGAGAGAGGGGAGAGAGAACUGCCACUGCCUGACUGCCCGCUCCUCGGGAAACACACAAGCAACAAACCUCACCAAGAGGCCUGGAGUCCACAACCUUCGGCUCCGGGCAGGUGGCUGAGAUGGAGGUUUCCUUUUGGAACAUUUCUUUCUUGCUGGCUCUGAGAAUCACGGUGGUAAAGAAAGUGUGGGUUUGGUUAGAGGAAGGCUGAACUCUUCAGAACACAGACUUUCUGUGAUGCAGACAGAGGGGAUGGGGAUAGAGGAAAGGGAUGGCAAGUCGAGACGUUGUGUGGCAAUGGGAUUUGGGCUACCCUGAAGGGAGGAGGAAGGGCAGAGAAUGGCCGGGUCAGGGCCAGACUGGAAGACACUUCAGAUCUGAGGUUGGAUUUGCUCAUUGCUGUACCAAAUCUGCUCUAGGGAAUCUGGAUUAUGUUAUACAAGACAAGCAUUUUUUUUUUUUUUUUAAAGACAGGUUAUGAAGACAAAUUCCCAGAACUGUAUCUUAUACUGUCUGGGAUUAAGGGUAAAUCUAUUACUUUUGCAAACUGUCCUCUACAUCAAUUAACAUCAUGAGUCACUACAGGGAGAAAAUGCAGGUCAUGCAGUUCCUGGGCCAUCAACUACAUCGGGCCUUCUGGAUAUGCUGAACGCAGAAGCAAAGGGUGGAAAUCAACCCUCUCCUGUCUGCCCUCUGGGUCCCUCCUCUCACCUCUCCCUCGAUCAUAUUUCCCCUUGGACACUUGGUUAGACGCCUUCCAGGUCAGGGUGCACAUUUCUGGAUUGUGGUUCCAUGCAGCCUCGGGGCAUUAUGGGUUCUUCCCCCCUUCCCCUCCAAGACCCUGUGUUCAUUUGGUGUUCCUGGAAGCAGGUGCUAUAACAUGUGAGGCAUUCGGGGAAGCUGCACAUGUGCCACACAGUGACUUGGCCCCAGACGCAUAGACUGAGGUAUAAAGACAAAUAUGAAUAUUACUCUCAAAAUCUUUGUAUAAAUAAAUAUUUUUGGGGAAUCUUGGAUGAUUUCAUCUUCUGGAAGACUGUUUCUAGAACAGUAAAAGCCUUAUUCUAAGGUGUA